GCACAAUAACGAAUGACUGCUCUCAGAGAAAAUUAACUGGAUUCUUUUGUUGGUGCUGCCAGAUGUACAUGCUCUGAGGAAGGUUUCUCAUAGUAAGGCCUUUCAGCAUCAGCAUCAAAUCCAUCAGAGACUGACACUUAAAUCAUGUUUUUAUUGUUUUUAUCCCCAUUUUUCACACCAAGUAUGACAAACUGUGGCAGCAUCCUGUGAAAAUACACCGUCUAGCCAAGGAUUCCUUGCUGCAUGAUCAGUGAAUUGUUGGCUAGAAUCGCUGCAUCUAUAAAUGACGUGGAAGAGCAGUUUAUGCAGCUGGAAAAACCUACGUUCUCUGUUCUGGACAGAGCAGAAGCAGCAGAGGGUUUGGAGCUGUGGUUCUUGAGGAGCAGAUGAGAGCCAUCCGUGUGCAAGACACUCAAGAAAGAAGAGAAAAUCACAAUGGUUCCUGCUGAGAAUAUGAGUGUUUUUUCAUCAGCAGACCUAUGCCCCAAUUGCAGCUCCUCCACCCACCCAGAAGUGGAUGUCACCAAGGCGGUGGUUUUGGGAAUCGUGCUUGUGGUCUUUGUGGUGUUUGGGGUUCUCGGCAACAUUCUGGUCAUCCUGUCUGUGUUAUUCCACCACCAGUGGCGUUCUGUGACUCACUAUUUCAUCGCCAACCUGGCAGCAGCAGACCUGCUGCUCAGCUCCGCCGUCCUACCCUUCUCCGCCACCUCAGAGGCUCUGGGAAGGUGGGUUUUUGGCCGACCUUUCUGCAACGUCUGGGCUGCCCUGGAUGUCCUCUGCUGCACUGCCUCCAUCCUCAGCCUGUGUGUGAUUUCCAUUGACCGCUAUCUGGCCGUCAGCUACCCUCUACGCUAUCCCGCCAUAGCAACUGGGCGGCGAGGCCUGACUGCCGUGGCUGCUCUCUGGGGACUCUCAGCAGCUAUAUCCGUGGGCCCUCUGUUUGGCUGGAAAGAGCCUGACCCAGAAGAUGAGACUGUUUGCAGAAUCACAGAAGAGCCUGGCUAUGCUUUGUUCUCAGCAUUAGGGUCUUUCUAUAUACCACUGGCCAUCAUCCUGGCCAUGUACUGCCAAGUGUAUACUGUGGCACGAAGAGAGACCAAAACCCUGAGGGAGAGCAGGAAGGGAGAGGGGGUAGAGAUGGAAGGGGUGACGCUGAGGAUACACAGAGGGAAUUCUGCACAGACGGGGAAACAGGAGGACAGCGAGGAGGCUGCAAUGCACAAACGCCCCUCCUUUCCCCUGCCAAGGCUGCUGAAGUUCUCAGGAGAGGAGAAAGCAGCCACAACUCUCGGCAUUGUAGUCGGAUGCUUCAUUCUCUGCUGGCUCCCUUUUUUUCUGGUUUUACCCAUUGGGUCCAUAUUUCCAUCCUUAAAGCCCUCUGAAACCGUCUUUAAGAUAACCUUUUGGUUGGGUUACCUCAACAGCUGUCUCAACCCUAUUAUCUACCCAUGCUUCAGCCAGGAGUUCAAAAAGGCUUUCCUCAACGUGCUGUGGGGGCGCUGCCUCAGAACAGGGGUCCCCACGUCUAAACCGCAAGGACACAUCACUGCCCAUUCUUCCAGUCCUGGCCCAGCAUCUGAUGUAUGCCUUACUUCACCUCAAAACCAUGUCACCGUCUCCUCGUGGUCUUGCUGCAGGGUGCUGUCAACCUCCUCAUCAUCCAUCGGUGGUCUGGACCAAGCUCAGAAUGCACAAGUCCAGAGUAAGAGCCUGCUGAAGGCUUGGUGUUUCUCAGCCAGACGGACUCCAGUGCCACAGAACUCCUCCACUCAUCGGACAACUAAAGUCUUAAGGCUCUCUCUUGGCAUUAAGGGGGAGGCCGUUUGAUUUGCAGGUUUAGACUUUCGAUCCUCGGUUUAGAAACUCCGUGGAUCGAAAUUUGACUUGGAAAGUGAAUGAAUAAAACACCCAAAAGCCACUCUGGAGCUGCUCUUGCUUUUAUAUGUAAAAAAUUAAGCCAAAAGCCAGUUUUUUUAAUGUGGACACCAGGAUAGGAGGUACUGUAUAUCU